UCCCGCUGACCAUUCAAAUAGAUUUUUCCCAGUUGGAGUGCAUUUUUUCGUUCUUUUGAACGCGCAUUUUGAGCCGACUUCGCUGCGGACUUUGACGGGGCACCCGGUUGACCAAUAAAACCAGGGAAAUACGGACUUUGGAUGUUAGAUUAGUCCUAAUUGGCUCAUUUCUAAUAUUGUGUGGUUUAGUUUAGUCAUGGUCGACUAAUUUCUAAUGUUGUGUUGUACGUCAUCUAAAUGAUUGCCCAUUGACGCCCACACUGCAACAAACCCGCCAUUUGGAACCUAAUCCAAUUCUGUUUUGGUGACGAGGGCAGCAGAUGUUACAAAGUGCACUGACAUGACUGAAGCAAUGGAUGAAAAGGUUUGUCCCCUGUCGGAUGAGGUAGAGAAAGAACCAAAGGUUGAAGACCUGGCGGACUCACCAGAAAAGGCCCAAAAACCACGGAAUGAAAUGAGUAGAGACAUAACUCUAUCUCAAAUAGUUGAAGGGAAGAGAGAGAAAAAGAUGGUGCAAAGACUUGAUUUCCAGGUUGCAAAACCUGCGAAGGUGCUGAAAGUUGAAAAUGGUGGCGGAGAUAAAUUAGGAGACAUUGCGAGAGUGAACCACCACCUCGGAAAGCUGAAGGUUCCAGAUCUGAAACCUCUUCAUACAAUACUCUUUGAUAUGCCAGGUAAGAUUGCCACAAUGAGGAAAAAUAUGCGGCUGUUCAAUGGCUUCCCGUUCGAGGUUGACAGUGAACCCUAUAUAAAGAAGAAGGAGAGGAUGAUGAAGAUAACAUGCGUAAGGUUGAGGACCAUCUGUAAAGUGUUGGACCUGGAGAAGGGUGGAAACCAGUCAGUCCUCAUCGACAGGAUCAUGACAUUCCUCAUGAGUCCCAGAAUAUCAGGAAAGCCUGUGAUCUCAAAGAGGAAGAAGAAGUCUAAGAAGAAUAUCUCAACCAAAGACUCUAAGAGCAAGACCAAGGCUAAGGCCAAGAGUAUAUCCAGCAGCCCCCGGAAGGUCAAAGCAGAGAGCAAGUCCAAAGCCAUCGUUACUGAUUCUAGCAGUGAUGAGGAUGAUGACUAUGACGACGACGAGCAAGGAGUCACAGUAGAACAAGAUGAGUCAGACGCUGAAAAGAAGAGCGAGAAAUUGGGAAAGCGGGAAAAGGUGACGACCGAUGAAGAUACCGACGAUUCUGAAGACUACGACGAUGAGGAUCCCAAGUCAAAUCCAGCAGCCAAGGGUAAGAGAACACCUGCCAAGAAGCGCGCGCAACCAGCAAAGAAGGCAGCUCCUGCCAAAAAGAAAACAAAAGACUCCGACCAGUCUGAGUCUGAUUCAGACAAGGAUGAUGAAGAUGAGAAAGACAGCGAGAGUGAAGUUGAGAAACCAAAAAAGAAACCGUCAGCUAAGAGGGCAGCACUGGCUAAGACUAAAAAAGCAGACAGCAGCAGUAACAAACAGAAAAAGACUGCCAACAAGGGCAAUGCAGCACUCGACAGCUCGGAUGACGAUGAGCCGUUGAUCAAGAUGAUCAAGAAGCCUCCUACAGAUGAGCAGCUAAAGGAAACGGUGAAGAGGCUGCUGAAAGACGCCAACCUGGAGGAGAUGACCAUGAAGAAGAUCUGCCAGAAAGUGUAUGACACAUACCCAGAGUAUGACCUGACCAGCAGAAAGGACUAUGUCAAGCAGACAGUAAAAACGCUGAUUUCCUAAAGAACAUGGGAAAAGGACAUAAACAGUCCUUGUGACAAAUAACUGUGAAUGUUCCAAUGCUGGAGAAGGAUAUAAUCAAAAGAAUGUGCCUACCUUCUUAGAACUGCUCAAACCCCAAGUUUUACUUCGUUGUGUUUGUUUUUAUUUCAAUCCUAAUGUUUUUAUGUUUCUGUAUUAUGUCAUUUCCAAUUUGACUGCACACUUCUCUUAGGUCAUAUGUAACAUGCUACUUAAGGCUUAUGCAUUUGAGUCAUUGCUUGUUAAUAAUCUGUGCUUUGUUAAUACACUUUAACUUUACAGUUUUUCUACUGAUCCCAAGCAAAGGGUGUUAGGCUAAACGAACAGUGUUUUAGAGCUUCAAGGUUGGUCACUAUAAAUGGAAACAUGUCCUCAGGCAAUGCAUGAAUUCACACAGUUUAUUUUAAAUGUAUUUCCUGAAUUGGCCAGUCAAAAUGGAGUACGGGUCCUCACUAUAGCUAUCCACUGCCUUUGCCUUCUGCGGAGGAUUUCAAAUCUUUCCCUCUGGUUUUGAUGCACAUAAAACAGCCUUAUAGCAACAAGGCUGGGGUGUAUUCACUAGGAACCGAAAAGGGAGGGCCCUACUGGAAUUUGACCAAUAGAAACUCUGGUUUUAGUAAGUAUGCGAUUUCUGUUGCAAAACAUUUUGGACUAAUAAUUCCACUCCUUUUCCAUUCUCCCUAGACAUUUUGUGUGAUAGUUUUGCAUGGCAAGCUGUUCAAUUGAGUUUUGAAAAGUAUUUAUUGUCAUGGUCAAGUCUUCAAACAUAUUCCUUGAUUGCAUUUAUAGGACUUCAUGUUUUUAUAUGUAAAUGUGUACAUUUUGUUAAUCAUUCUCUUUUGAUGAGAUCCUGUUUUAGUCCUUAAUUUGUCUCUGUAUGCAGUACAGGAUUCUGAUUUAUGUAGGUACCUUGCUCAAUGAAGAGUUGGAUCUUUUUAGGCAAUGUACCUUUGACAAAGUAAGUCAUUGAAUGAAAAUGUCUUCCAAUGUUCUGCAUAUAAAUUUACAUCAGAUUUUCGAACGAA